AAAAGUUUAUCAUUUUUCUCGAUUGCCUUGUUUAUACAUUGUUAUGAUGAUUCGAUUUUUACAAAAAAAAACAAGAAACAAGAAAUGGAUUCAAUUAAUGAUUCAUCAAUCAUGAAUAAUGAAAACAAUACAAAAACUGCAAGCAUAGAAACUGAUAUCUAUUAUAAAACAUUAUGUUCAUCUGGAUUAUCAUUUAUAGCCAAACAACCACAACAAAUUGAACAACGAAAACAGAUUUUAUUAGAUAAUAAACAAAAAAUUGUUUAUAGUAAUUAUGAUUCAUUUUUAAAAUAUUCUAAUUUUACUAAACAAAUUAUUAAUGAUUUUCAAACAAUUGAAACAUGUCUUGAUCAACUUAACACCGGUAUACCCGAAUUCAAAGAUCAAUGUAUAAAAUUUUCAAACAAUACAAAACAAAUAUCAAAUCGUUGGAAUAAUGUUUCAAUUAUGUUAUCAAAAUAUCCACAAUUGAUUGAAUUUAUGGAAAUACCACAAUUAUUAAACAAUUGUAUUCGAACAUUUUAUUAUGAUGAUGCUAUAUUGAUUUGUGAUUUUGUUUCGAAACUUUGUUCAAAACAUUCAAAAGAUGCUACCAUAUUUCAGAAUAUGCUUUAUGAAGUUGAUAAAUGUAAAGAUAUUAUGGUUACACAAAUUAUUCGUGAAUUAAGUGGUAAUAUUUUAUUACCUACUUGUAUGAAAAUGAUUAAAUAUCUUCGUCAAAUUGAUCGUUUUAAUGAAAAUCAAUUGCGUAUAAAUUUUCUAACUUGUAGAGACGUUUGGUUUCAAUCAGAAUUGAACCGAGAAAUAGGAAAUCAAAACUAUUCAUUAAAUCAAAUUAAUCGAGUAACAGAAUCAUUUCGAGUUAAUAUUUUUGAUAUUGUUACACAAUAUCAGGCUAUAUUUCCUGAAUUGGAUGAACUAAAUGAUAACAAUAAUCCGAUACAAUCGAAAAUAAUCAACAGUUGGUUAUUGGUAAAAAUUGAACAAUAUUUAAAUAUUUUACGUACAAAUUUACAAUCAUGUGUUUCGAUAAAUUCAAUUCUUUAUAUUGAUACAAUUAUUGAAAAUUGUUUCUAUCUUGGUCUUUCUAUGAACAAAAUUGGUGCCGAUAUUCGUCCGGAAUUGAUUCUGAUUUUUAAUGAUUUUCUUCAAAAACGAUUCGAAUAUUGUGUACAAAAAUCAACCCGGCAAUUUUGUGAUUCAUUAAGUGAUAUUUUUGUUGGCAAUAUUUCUACUGAAGAUAUUCAAAAUGAUUUUUCGAAAUCUUUGGAAAAUUAUCCCAUUUUGAAAAAAUAUCAAUCAAAUCUUUUGGCUUUAUUUCAUGAAAUUCGUAAUAAUAUUCCAUUGGCAUUAAUUUCAACAUUUGUUCAAAUAUUAAAUCAAUCAUUCACAACAAUUAUGAUUGAAUUAAAAUCUUAUAUCAAGAAACAUGAAUUUGGAUUGAACAAAAUUGAAUUUCAAAAUUAUCUAAAUUUUUGUCAUCUAUUUCGUCAUCUAUUACCACAAUUAAAUCAAUCAUUUCAAAAAUUAUGUCCAAUUUCAAUUGUUGGACAAAAAAUUGGCCUAACUACCAUUGAAAUGAAUCGAAAUAAUCUUUUUGAAUCAUAUGAAUUAGAUUUUAAAACGCCAAUUUUGGAAAUUAAUAAUUUGAUAAAAGAUGUUUCAAAUAAAUUGAAUACUGCAGGUUAA